UAGAAGGCUUCAUAGGUUAAGGGUCUCUCAGUGUCUGCAGGUUGGGUCAAUUUGCUUUCGGUUAGCCUGUUCCAGGUGGUACUUUGUGUUUGUCAUCGUGUAAUUUUCUGUUUCGGCCACAUUUAAAUAGAGGCUUUUUUUCAUUUUAUGAGACGGUGGCUUUGAAGAACCAUUCAGUUUAAUAAUCUUUGAAACCAAUCAAAGAUGUUAGGAAUUUCUUUCUUCAAAUCUUUGUUGUCUUUCAAUUCCAAUUGAUCCAUGGAAACUGUGGCGGUCCUUGCCCUCGACGGUGUAGAUUUUGGGUUUCAUUAGCAGGAACUUAGCAGAUAUGCUAAUGUGUUUGAAGAAACAAGUUCUUAAAGUUCUUUACAAGACUUUGUUCUUCAUGUUACUUUAUCAAUUCAAGAUACUUUCUGUAAGAGACGCCCGGGUUGCUGUAGCCUGUAUGCAAAUAUGAAUUUCUUUAAUCUUCUGGAAACAUUGAAUGGAAAGAGCCCCCUACUCUUCAUUCAAAAUCAGCUGGUUCCAGAAAUUCCUAUCGAACUUUGUCUCUCAUUACUUUAAAAUUGGUUAUAAUGGCAGGAUAUGGAUGAAGCUAGCAGCAAUCCCAUCGAUGUCUCCACCAAUGCAACUUCCCAAGGAGAUCCUCCGUUGGAAGUUGAUGAAAAUGAAGAAGGUACGUUCGGAACUUCAGCUGUAUGGCCGCAUUUUACAAGACUGAAUUGGGCGGAUAAGGAAACUAGAAAAGCUGUUUGCAAAUACUGUCCAACGAAGAUAAAAUGUGCAGCUACUUAUGGAACAAGCACUUUGAAAAGGCAUUUGCAAAGAUGCAAAAACUAUCCGUACAGUCUUCAUAAUCUGAAGAAGUCUAGAACUCCUAGCGCUCUAGGUACUAGUACUGCAGCUCAGGGUACUAGUAGUACAUCUCCUACUUUUACACCUCACACAUAUGAUUCAGUUGUCUCGAGAAUGAAACUUGCUAGAAUGAUCAUAAUUGAUGAGUCACCUUUUAGACAAGUCGAGCGUGAAGGUUUUCGUGAUUUUGUCCAUUCGUUGAGACCUGAGUUUCACAUCCCUUCUAGGAUCACCAUAGCCAAAGAUUGUUUUAAGUUGUUUUUGGCCGAGAAGGAGAAGUUGAAAAAUUACUUCAAGCAUUCACAGAUUAGAGUUUGCCUCACGACUGAUAUUUGGGCCAGUAGACAUCAUCUGGACUACAUGAGUCUUACUGCUCAUUUCAUUGAUAAUGAAUGGAAAAUACAGAAAAGAAUUAUCAACUUCUCUCCUAUUCCUAAUCACACGGGUCUCACGAUUGGAAAAACGGUUGAAAAACACUUGCUUAAUUGGGGAAUUGAUAGGGUUCUAACUGUGACAGUGGAUAAUGCAAGUUCGAAUGAUGUGGGCAUGACAUAUUUGAAGAAAAGGAUUAACAAUUGGAAAGGGAGUGUGUUGAAGGGUAUACAUCUCCACAUGAGAUGUUGUGCUCACAUAUUGAACUUGACUGUGAAAGACGGAUUGAAAGAUGUUGAUGAUUCAAUCCAUCGUAUUCGGUCUGCAGUGAGAUAUGUGAGAUCGUCUAAUUCCAGAAUGCAAAAAUUUAAGACUUGUGCCCACGAGGAGAAGUUAGAGACAAAGAAACUUGUGUGUUUAGACGUGGAGACUAGAUGGAAUUCCACUUUCUUGAUGUUGGAGUCCGCUUUGGUAUUUAAAAGGGCAUUUGAGAGGUUAGAGGAAGAAGAUCCUAAGUAUAAAGUUGAGCUAGAGAAGUUGAAAGGGACACCAAAUGAGUUGGAUUGGCAUUAUGUGGAGUCUCUAGUUCCUUUUCUGAAGAUCUUCUAUGAUGCCACAAUGAAAAUUUCAGGUUCUUUGUAUGUCACAAGCAAUGAUCUCUUUCAUGUCGUAUAUGGAAUUGCUUGUAUGCUUACAAAAGAAACUUCAUCAAAAAUUGAGAGUCACAAAAUCAUGGCAAGAAGAAUGAAAGCUAAGCAUGACAAGUAUUGGGGCACCUUUGAUAACAUCAAUCUCUUACUGUUUAUUGCUGUGGUUCUUGACCCGAGGUACAAGUUGGAGUAUGCCUGUUUUGUGCUUGAUGAGGUUUAUGGAAUAGAACAUGGGGGAAUUUGGACUAAAAAUGAGUUGUUUGAGAGUGUGAAUGGUGUUUUGGAGGAUAUGUUCAAGGACUAUUCUGAAAUGAGAGGGGUUACUAGUGGAAGCUCAUCAAGAAGUGCGGAGAGUAUAGCACCAAAUGAGAAUGAUGAAUCUGAAAGUGUGGAGGAUUAUUUGAAGAAAGAAUUCAAGAGAAAGAGAAUGGAAGAUAGGGUGGGAGAAACUACACUUUCAGAGCUUGAGAGGUACUUAAAGGUGAAUCUUGAGGAUGACGAGGACAAAACAUUUGACAUUUUAGCAUGGUGGAAGAAGCAUUCUGGUGAGUAUCCAAUAGUGAGUUUGAUGGCUAGAGAUGUGUUGGCGAUUCCAGUAUCAACUGUUGCAUAUGAGUCUGCUUUCAGUACCGGGGGGCGCGUUUUAGAUACAUUUCGGAGUUCUUUGACUCCCUUGGUUGUUGAAAGUUUGAUUUGUUGUCAAAAUUGGCUUCGAUCGAGUACUCUUCCAAUUGACUUGGAAGAGCAAUUUGAAGAAAUUGAAGAACUUGAACAAGAGUUGAAAGAGUUUUGCUUGGAUGAGGGUACUAUCAUGAGUGAUUUGGUUGAUGAUGAUUGAACAACAAUGUAUUAUGUAAUCAACUAUGUAUUUGUACUUUGUAGUGAUUUGGACUUUUAAAUGAAUGGUUGCCCAUUGGUAUUAUGUUUUGUCGGAAUUGGUGACAUAUCCAUCAUGCAUCGCCUUCGUCUUUACACCCUUUCAUCAAACACAUAUUUUAUGGGAGUAAUUUGGUAAAUAAAUAAUUUUUUGAAAUUAUUGUGGUGAUUCAUUAAUUCUAUGGGAUUAAUUUGGUAAAUAAAUAAAAUUUUUGAAUUAUUUUGGCCAAUAGUUAAUUUUUUGGAAUUAAUUUUGGUCAAUGGUUAAUUUUUGGAAUUAAUUUGGUAAAUAAGUAUUUUUUUUGUUGAAAUUUUGAAAUUAAUUUGGUAAAUAAUUAAUUUUUGGAAUUAAUUUGGUAAAUAAUUUUUUUCUGGAAUUAAUUAGAUAAAUAAUUUUUUUCUGGAAUUAAUUUGAUAAAUAAAUAAAAUUUUGGAAUUAUUGUGGUGAUUAAUUAAUUUUCUGGAAUUAUUUUUGUGAUUGAAUAAUUUUGGUGAUUAAUUAAUUUUAUGGAAUUAAUUUGGUAAAUAAAUAGUUUUAUGAAAUUAUUGUGUUUAUUAAUUAAUUUUCUAGAAUUAUUUUUGUGAUUGAAUAUUUUUUUAGAAUAAUUUUGGUGAUUAAUUAAUUUUCUGGAAUUAAUUUUAUAAAUAAAUAAUUUUUGAGAUUAAGUUUCUAAUUAAUUAAUUUUGAUGAUUAAUUAGAAUAUUUAUUAGGGUCGACCCACUGACCCAACCCUUUCUGACCCGCCCCGACCCUAAAGGGUCAUACAGGGUAAAGAAUGAGACAGGGUCAGGGGCGAGUCACUUAUGUGCCUUGACCCUUUAGGGGCGGGUCAGCCAGGGUCAGGGGCGGGUCAUCCAAAAUUUCAGCCCUAUUACUAACGGGUUGGAAUUAAUGUGACCCUCAAUCCACCCACAUACUUCUGCGGGUUGGGUUGGGUGCGGUUGGGUCGCAGAUGAACCCGCAAAACCAAUUCCCCAUUUAGCCAUUAAGAAAGUUACUAACAUUUAUAAUAAUUUCAUAGCAAAUUAGCAAGAAUGUAUCAAUAAUUUGUGAUUUUGAUACAAUUAAUAAUUUAUAGUUUGCAUCCCAAUAUUUAAUGGUUAUUGACAAUAAUCUGCAUACCAAUAUCCAAUAUCGAAUGGAUAUUGCACAACACAAUGACCAAUAAUAGUAGUCAAAACUAUUAUUUAUUCUCCACCUUUUGAAGUAUAUGAUCAGAUUGUAGUGCAGUUCGAAAAUAUGAUGAAUAUUCGAUACUAUACGAAACAACAUUUUUUCAUGUAAAAAUAGGAUGCGGGUCAUAUGGGUGACCCGCCAUCCACCCACUACCCACCCACAUCACUACGGAUGGGAGAUUUACCAAUCUGCAAUCCACCCACAUCAAUCACCCACUGCGUGCGGGUCGGGUUAUCUGCGGGUGAAUCGAUAUUAAUCCGCGGAUUAACCACUCACGUACCCACCCCUAGGGAUAUGGUUAAAAUCUUUUGGGUUGUCAUUUUCACAACCCCCACAUAUAAAUGAAUUUCACAAAUUUUGAGAAAUUCAUUUUUAAAUGAAAUCUUUUUGUGUUUGGUAUUUAAAAGAAUUCAUUUUCAAUUCUAAAUUUUGAAUUUUAUGGAAUUGGAACUAGUUAUAGCAAUUCCGAGGAAUUGAGAUGGAAUUUGCAAAUGAAUUCCACAAGUAUUUACUAAUUAUAAUAUAAUGACAUAAUUAUCCUUAUUUAUUAACUAAAUAACUUCCACAUAUACUAUUUGGUGUCAAUUGAUGCAGUGUGAGGAACGUAACCAAGAAUUUGAUUGCAAUGCUAGAGUUUGCUGGUUAUUUUUAUAUUUAUGUUUCGAUUGUAUUACUACGUUAAGAAGGCACAACUAGAUUGUAGGGUUCAUCGACAAAAUAUUAGAAACGAACUAAUGAAUAGAAUAGAAACAC